AGUGCCGUAUAAAUUAGAAUUGAAUCAUUUAAAAAUAAAAACCUAACGAUUAUUUUUAUAAAAGACGAAAAUGUAUCACGCACACAACUCUAUACUAAUCACUUUGACAUCUUUCGUGAAUGAACUUUGGUUGUAAAAACAUGAAAAUUACAUUUUUGAACGUUAAUAUUUCUCGUCUUUUUACGUUCGGUUAACAUGUGAAUAUUAAAACGGGUAACAUUUACGUACUUCUUUAAUCGUAACUAUAUUAUUCAAUUACAAGCAAAAAAAAUAAUAAAAAAGGAAACGCAAUAAUUUACGUAUCAAUACUCAAUUAAAAUACAUUUAUAAACAAAAAUAAUGGUUGUUAAAACCAUACAAAAGCGGAACGUGAGGAUUUUACUCCUCGGCGAUCAAGGCGUUGGUAAGACAUCACUAAUUUUGUCGUUAGUUUGCGAGGAAUUCCCGGAAAACGUCCCUGCUAAAGCUGAAGAAAUUACAAUUCCUGCUGAUGUUACUCCAGAACAAGUGCCAACAAACAUAGUUGAUUAUUCAUCAUCGGAACAAUCUGAUGAAGAAUUAAAUGAACAAAUUUUACAUGCAAGCGUUAUUUGUAUUGUUUAUUCUGUUGAUAAUGACGAUUCUAUCGAGAGAAUAUCUUCUUAUUGGAUGCCACUAAUUAGAUUUAAUCAUCCCGAUGGAUCAUGUCCUGUUGUGUUAGUUGGCAAUAAAAUUGAUUUAGUUGAUUAUUCAACUAUUGAUGGAGUUUUUAAUAUAAUGGAAGAAUUUGCAGAAAUUGAAACAUGCAUUGAAUGUUCUGCAAAAACUUUAAAAAACAUUUCAGAAAUGUUUUAUUACGCCCAAAAAGCUGUAUUACAUCCAACGGGACCCAUUUAUUCGGUAGAACAUUCCGAUUUAACAGACGCUUGUAAAAAAGCUUUAAUAAGGAUAUUUAAAAUAUGCGAUGUGGAUUGUGAUGGUUUACUUAACGAUAUUGAAUUAAAUAACUUUCAAAAUCGUUGUUUCAAUGGUCCUUUACAACCUCAAGUUUUAGAUGAUGUAAAAGCCGUUUUACGAAAAAACUUGGAGGAUGGAGUCAGUCAUAAUUGUGUCACAUUAAAAGGAUUUCUUUAUUUACACAGUUUGUUUAUACAACGUGGUAAAAAUGAAACCACCUGGACUGUAAUGAGAAAAUUUGGCUACAACGACCAUUUAAAUAUGAGCAGAGAUUAUUUAUCUCCAGUUUUGAAAGUCCCCUCCGGUUCUACAACGGAACUUUCGCAUAAAGGCCAACAGUUCUUAACGCACAUGUUUGAACGGUUUGAUAAAGACCGAGAUCGUGCGCUUUCACCAUCGGAAUUUGACGAAUUAUUUUCUACAUGUCCAACACCCCCUUGGGGGCCCGACAUUAGCUCGAUGGUUCCAACAAAUGAAAAAGGUUGGAUUACUUACCAAGGAUAUAUGUGCCAAUGGGCGUUAAUGACGCUUAUUGAUUUACCAAGAACUUUUGAGUAUUUAGCUUAUUUGGGGUAUAAUAUUUAUGAGAAUGAAUCACAAGUUAGUGCAGUUCAAGUUACGAGAGAUAAAAAGGUGGAUAUAUCAAAGAAGCAGUCAAGUAGAAAUGUAUAUCAAUGCCAUGUAAUUGGUCCUGUUGGUUGUGGGAAGUCGAGUUUUUGUCGUAGCUUUAUUCGAAAUGUUUCAGAGAGAUCACAUAUUUCACCAACUUCUGGAACACCAACUUGUACAGUAAAUAUGGUUCAAGUAUACGGACAAGAAAAAAUAAUGGUGCUUCGUGACAUAAAUGUUAGAAAUUUAUCUGAUCCAUUAUUACCUCAAGAGGUGCAAUGUGAUGUUGCUUGUCUUAUGUAUGAUUGUAGUAAUCCGAAGUCGUUUGAAUACAUCACAAGAAUUUUUAUUAAAUAUUUUGCAGAAAGUAAAAUUCCCGUAUUAAUAGUAGCUUCAAAGAGUGAUUUGAAAGAAGAACGACAAGAUUAUCUUCUGCAGCCAACUACUUUCUGUCAAAAGUAUCGGAUCAUACCACCGCAAACGUUUAGUAUUAAAGGACAUUUCCGAAAAGACGUUUAUGUUAAAUUGGCUACUAUGGCUGCAUUUCCUCGCUUUCAACCGGCUUGGAUACUAUUCUACAAACACAGUCCGUUGCGUCGCAUGGUUAAUAUGUUGCUAUUGCGACCUCAGCCUUCGGAAUGGUUUAAUCAAUUUUACAGGAAUCUUCGUGAAUUUGGUUUGUUGCCAUCCGAUUCCACGACCUGGUGGAAAGCUGGAUUGGGUUUAGCGGCGGCUACAGCUUUUGGUUUUCUCGUCGUAAAGGUGCUACAUACUACGGACAAAGUGAGAUAAAAUCAAUCUUAAAAAAAUGAGUCGCUGUCGAAAGAUUUUUUUUUCUAAAAUUUUUUGUUCCUCAUUUUCAUAUUUUCAGCUCCAUACAAAGUGCUUUACGAAUUAAUUUUUGUCAUAUUCUAACUUCACAUUACCCCAGUAUUCCUCAACCAAGUUUCUGUCUCCUCCAUUCAAGUUUUAAAUUCGAAGAUAAAUAAAAAAUAUUAAGUAGUGGAUAAAAAUGUACUUUUUUAAGAUUUUUUUUUGUAAAUAUUAGAUGGUGGAGAGUAUUUUUUUGGUCUUUUUGACAGUAAUAUUGUAAUUUUAAGGUUAUUUGUAAUCAUAAAAAAAAUAACAUAGUGGCAGAAAUAUGAUAUAAUAUUAGUUUCUUAGAUUUUGAAAAAAUCAUUAGGAAUAGAAUGUAACAAUGACCAUCAAAAACUAAAAAUAUUUAAAAAAAUACAAUUUCGACUUCCUUAAUAACAAUAAAUUAGUUAUUGUAUA